GGGCGGCGGGGACCGGGCGGCGGCGGUGGCGGCGGCUUCGGCGGGAGCAGCAUGGAUUGGGGCACUGAGCUGUGGGAUCAGUUUGAGGUGCUUGAGCGCCACACGCAGUGGGGGCUGGACCUGCUGGACAGAUACGUGAAGUUCGUGAAAGAGCGGACCGAGGUGGAGCAGGCUUACGCGAAACAGCUCCGGAGCCUGGUGAAAAAAUACCUGCCCAAGAGACCUGUCAAGGAUGACCCCGAGUCCAAGUUCAGCCAGCAGCAGUCCUUCAUGCAAAUUCUCCAGGAGGUGAACGAUUUUGCCGGGCAGCGGGAGCUGGUGGCUGAGAACCUGAGUGUCCGCGUGUGCCUCGAGUUGGCCAAGUACUCUCAGGAGAUGAAGCAGGAGAGGAAGAUGCACUUCCAGGAAGGUCGGCGGGCCCAGCAACAGCUGGAAAAUGGCCUCAAACAGCUGGAAAAUAGCAAGCGUAAGUUUGAGCGGGACUGCCGGGAGGCUGAGAAGGCAGCCCAGACUGCGGAGCGGCUGGACCAGGAUAUCAAUGCCACCAAGGCUGACGUGGAGAAGGCCAAGCAGCAAGCUCACCUCCGAAGUCACAUGGCAGAAGAAAGCAAAAACGAAUAUGCAGCCCAGCUACAGCGCUUCAACCGAGACCAGGCCCACUUCUACUUUUCCCAGAUGCCCCAGAUAUUUGAUAAGCUACAAAACAUGGAUGAGCGUCGUGCGACCCGCCUGGGGGCUGGUUACGGGCUUCUGUCCGAGGCUGAGCUGCAGGUGGUGCCCAUUAUCGCCAAGUGCUUGGAGGGCAUGAAGGUGGCCUCAGAUGCUGUGGAUGCCAAGAAUGACUCCCAGGUCCUCAUUGAGCUACACAAGUCGGGUUUUGCCCGCCCGGGUGAUGUGGAAUUUGAAGACUUUAGCCAGCCCAUGAACCGUGCACCCUCUGACAGCAGCCUGGGCACCCCCUCCGACGGACGACCGGAUCUCCGUGGCCCCGGCCGUAGCCGCACCAAGCGCUGGCCCUUCAGCAAGAAAAACAAGCCACGUCCCCCACUGCUCUCCCCUCUGGGGGGCCCCCUGCCCUCCACAUUGCCUAAUGGACCCCCGUCCCCCCGCUCCGGCCGUGACCCCUUGGCCAUACUGAGCGAGAUCAGUAAGUCGGUCAAACCGCGGCUAGCAUCUUUCCGCAGCCUUCGAGGCAGCCGUGGGACAGUGGUGACCGAGGAUUUCAGCCACUUGCCCCCAGAGCAGCAGAGAAAGCGGCUUCAACAGCAGCUGGAAGAACGAAAUCGUGAACUACAGAAGGAGGUCGAUCAGAGGGAAGCCCUGAAGAAAAUGAAGGAUGUGUAUGAGAAGACACCCCAGAUGGGGGACCCUGCCAGCCUGGAGCCCCAGAUCACGGAAACCCUGAGCAACAUUGAACGGCUGAAGUUGGAAGUGCAGAAGUAUGAGACUUGGCUGGCAGAAGCCGAGAGCCGUGUCCUGAGCAACCGGGGGGACAGCCUGAGUCGCCACACCCAGCCUCCUGACCCCCCAGCCAGCGCCCCACCGGAAGACAGCAAUCACAACUCACAGGACAAGGAGGGCUCCGAAGAGCGGCCCUCUGAGGAGGGUCAGGAUACCCCCAUUUACACGGAGUUCGAUGAGGACUUUGAGGAGGAACCUGCCUGCCCCAUAGGUCAUUGUGUGGCCAUUUAUCACUUCGAAGGGUCCAGUGAGGGCACGAUCUCCAUGGCAGAGGGAGAAGACCUCAGUCUCAUGGAGGAGGACAAGGGCGAUGGCUGGACCCGAGUCCGGCGGAAACAGGGCGGGGAGGGCUACGUGCCCACCUCCUACCUCCGCGUCACGCUCAACUGAGCCAGAGGCGGGAAGAGGGGGGCUGUUGGCUGCUGCUUCUGGGCCACGGGGGGCCCCAGGACCUACGCACUUUAUUUCUGCCCCCGUGGCUUCGGCUGAGACCUGUGUAACCUGCUGC